CCUAACGCUAUCAAAUUCCCUUCACUGCUCGGUGAAAAGUCUUUUCUUUCAUUUGAAUGGCCAACCACCGUGUCUUCCAAAGCCUCCGCUCCUUCACCCGACCUCUCGCCUCCACCUCCGCCUCCGCUACCUCUGCCGCCGUCUCCCCUCUCAAUCUUACCCAAAACCCAAAUCCAACCGCCACAGUUCUGAACUUUGACGAUGUGAAGGAGCUGUUCUCGUCUGUGAAAACUACAAAACUGUUGAGAUCAUCGAUUAAUCUUCACGCGGCGGCGAUAGAGCCGAUGGUGGACCUGGGUAUGUGGGCGAUGAAUUCGAAGAUGAUGAACAUGGUGGUUUUGAGGGAGGUGAUGUUGGGGGUAGUGAGGAGGACUUUUUUCGAGCAUUUUUGCGCCGGGGAAACUCCGGCAGAGGCGGGGAAGAAGGCGGUGGAGCUUUGGGAGUCCGGCAGCCUUAGAGGGAUGUUGAAUUAUGCGUUGGAGUAUGCCAAUGAUAAUGAAUCUUGUGAUCGGAAUUUUGAAUGUUUUCUUCAGACUGUUGAAGCUACCAAGUCUCUUCCUCGAUCUUCUGUAAGCUUUGUGAUAGUGAAGGUAACUGCAAUUUGCCCCCUAGCAUUGCUCCAAAGAGUAAGCGAUCUCCUAAGAUGGGAAUACAUGAAUCAAUCCUUCCAACUUCCAUGGAAACUCAAAACACUCCCAAUCUUCUCCGAUUCAAGCCCUUUUUACCACACGCCGCGAAAACCAAACCCUCUAACCCCAGAAGAAGAACAAGACCUCCAGUUAGCCCAUCAAAGAUUCCAAAAAAUUUGCCAAAAUUGCUCCAAUGCCAGCGUCCCUCUAGUAAUCGAUGCGGAGGACACCUCUGUUCAACCUGCCAUCGAUUACUUCACCUACUCUGCUGCAAUUGAGCACAACAGGGACGAUGAUCCAAUUGUUUUUGGGACAAUUCAAGCUUAUAGGAAAGAUGCAAAGGAGAGAUUGUUUCGAGCUGCGAAUGCCGCGGAGAAAAUGGGAGUGCCAAUGGGGAUUAAGUUGGUGAGAGGAGCUUAUAUGGGGAGUGAGAGAGAAUUAGCAGCUUCUUUGGGUGUUGAAUCUCCAAUUCAUAAUACAAUUGAUCAAACUCAUGAUUGCUUUAAUGAUUGUUCUUCUUACUUGAUUGAGAAGGCUGCUGAUGGCUCUGCUGCAGUGGUUUUGGCAACACAUAAUAUUGAAUCAGGAAACAUGGCAGCAGCGAAAGCACGAGAGUUGCAGAUUGGAAAGGAAAACCAAAGACUUCAAUUUGCUCAACUAUAUGGAAUGUCGGAUUCGCUUUCAUUUGGUUUGAGAAAUGCAGGGUUUCAAGUCAGUAAGUAUAUGCCAUUUGGACCUGUUGAGCUAAUCAUACCUUACCUUCUUAGGAGAGCUGAAGAGAACAGAGGACUCUUAUCUGCAUCAGCCCUUGACAGACAACUCUUGAGGAAGGAGUUGAAGAGGAGACUAAAGGCUGCAAUUCUCUAAGAGUGAUAUUCCAAGACAUUCUUGGAGCCUUGUUUGUAGUCUUAGUUUGCAAAUCAUAGGAUGAUGUUUACAUUGAUUUGAUCCUUACAUUACUUGCCCCGUACAAUUUGAUGAUAUGUAACAAUAGAAAUGUUAUGUCUACAACAAAAAUAUUAAAAAAAAAAUUGUUCAAUUUUCGAAUCUAGAGUGUAAGCUUCUUAUAUUAAUCAAAUGUAGUCCCUUCGUUUAA